AUGGAAUCUCUUGGAGAAAGGCUUGGGCUCUUGGCCCAUCGAAUUUACCUCCACGGCUGGAUAUUUUGGUACGUGUAUAGUAUACUCACGGGCCUUUUGAUAUACACUUAUGUCCUGGAAUCAUUCCUCUUCAAGGAGGAAUUACCGCAAUCACUCAAGGAAUUCUUACUACUACGCAGAGCCCAAAUAAGCCGGGAGGAAAUGUCAUGGAUCCUUUCCCACAUCGCCGUCCAAGCUACUCAGAUCACCAUCGUGUAUCUAAUGUGGCGAGCCUUCAAGAUAAAGGAAUCAAAGCUCCAUGUCAAGAACCAAACAGGCUUUAUUGAGCUUAUAGAAGGACUGCCCCCAUUUGGCUUACUACAAAGCAUGCGAUUUUUAUAUUCACUGUUCGUAAGCCCUACUGGACAAGACAUUUACAAACGGAAACAACCCGUGAUUCGACUCUUCACAACACGGGGUUUGAACAUUUCUUGCGCAGUUGUAUGUUUUGGGAUCUUGAUCUACGAGCUAAGAGCCCGAUCAAUACGUCUCUUGGCAUUUCUCCUUCCGCUGCUUUACGUCGACGCCUAUGGAUCUGCUUUAUCACAGUACAUGGCAGGUCAAGGAUUGGAUUGUGCCCCAAAUCUACUUGCCAAGUAUGAGCAAAAGCCUAAACUGGCUAUUGCUUCCGCCUUUAUCACGUUUGGCAUGAUAUUCGGCGUCUCGUUCCUGGCACACCCUUUUGUGCGCGUUGUCCUUUUCCUCACUCCGUUCUGCAGCGCUGCCUUGCUUUUCUACUUUUUGCUCUAUCGCCAUAUCCCCAAUUAUGUGGCUGAACCACUUCCUCUUCCUCAAAUGUCAGUCCCCCCCGAAACCCGAUUCUGUCGAGUUUGUCGUACUACAAUACUCGCCAAGCUUAGAGAGAAUUCUGGAAGCGUUGAUGACAUCCCAGAAUCAGGACAUCACCGUACCAAGAGUUCACUAAGAAGCUCUGCUGUAGCAGGAUGUCGCAUUUGCACCACCAUCUGGGAUCGCCUCACAGAGGAAAUCUCUAGUGCCAUCCGAUAUCUACCUUCGGUCUACUUUACGACUUAUGAAUACUCGGUCAAGUCGAUUAAUAUCCACGUCCAGUGGCAUAAUCACCUAUGUGCAUUCAUAAUUGAACGAAUCAGUAGUAAGGUCAUUCGAAAAGUCAAUCAACGAUUCCCCCCGGAAUCAAUCCCUUUUGAACGUUACACACUUCCAGAAAGUGACUUGGAGCAUCACACUGGAUCAGAACAAAGUCUGGACCAGGCUAAGACAUGGUAUUCGAGCUGCAUACGGUAUCAUCCUGACUGUAGCACCAAUACUGGUGCCAAAGGAUUUCAGCCAUCACGGUUAUUGUACCUGGGGGGUCCCGAAAACAUCAGGAUCCAUAUCAGGGGCGAGUACCCCCACGACAUGACAUAUAUGACGUUGAGUCAUUGUUGGGGAAGUUCGCACUUUAUCAAGUUACAAAGCGAUAACCUCGAUGAAUUUCGUCGAGAAAUCUUAUGGAAAUUCCUUCCCCAAACGUUCAAAGACGCUAUCCGCGUUGCAAGGUAUCUCGGCUCCCAAUAUCUAUGGAUCGACAGCCUCUGCAUUAUACAGGACUCAUUAGAUGAUUGGGGUCAGGAAGCAAAGGCAAUGGGCGAGGUUUAUCGAAACUCAAUGUGCAACAUUGCUGCUUCAAGCGCAUCCGACAGCAGCCAAGGCUGUCUGUACCCGCGCAAUCCACGAAUUCUACAGCCCGAGCCUCUUGAUAAUUAUGGAGACGAGUUGAAGGACUUGUACCUUUUCAAUAGAAGCUGGCCAUCGAAGCCAUUUACGUUGUACACUCGAGCAUGGGUUCUCCAAGAAGCUUUGCUUGCACCGAGGACUCUUGAUUGUGGGCAAAGUCAGCUAUACUGGAGAUGCGACGCUGCCAAGGCAUCAGAAGAGUGUCCUGGAGGAUACCCGAUUACCAAAGGUGUUUACCUCAGCCAUCCAGCGCAUUCAUCAAGCUGCCCCAAUGAAAGUCUAAGAGCCAUGGUGGCACAGACAAAUCGCAGGAAGGAGGAUCAAUACAGGUAUCCUGAGGAGCCACGCCCUUCUACUCUUGUCAAGUCUCUGGCCCUGACAGACGAGGGACUACAAGCCGCGGUGGAUCAUUGGAGUAAAAUCGUUGAAGCCUAUAGCAACAUGUCUUUGACGUUUGAGGCUGACAUGCCCAUUGCUAUUCAUGGCGCUAUCGAGGCUUUUCGGCCGUUUCUAGGUCAAUACUAUGCUGGUAUGUGGGAAUACACCUUGCCUGCUCAUCUUGUCUGGAUGCCCACUUGGCCAGCCAUAGUGACUACGGUUCUCCACUGCAAGAGACCGCUCGUCAAAAGAGCUCCGAGCUGGUCAUGGAUGUCACUUAUAGGCAAGAUUGAAUAUAAACAAACAUGCUGGCUUCACCCUGACUAUUCCUUAAUUGCACAUGUUACCAAAGUCAACGUUGUCUCUUCCGCUGAAAUCCAGCUCCAUCUCCAAGCACCGAUAUUCAAGGCUACAUACGUUGGUGAUGCUAAAAACAGCAUUAAACGAGCCCUCCAGACAUGUUCGAUAUUACCAUCAACGAGAUCAAAGAUUACGGUUAUAAACAAGCAUUUCGAUGUCAAGUGGGAAAUUUCGGGCAUUUACGCAGAAAAGGACGGCACAGAAAAGUCUACCCUUCGUGCCUGCUUCGACGUCCAGGAAGAGGAGGAUGCAGCUCGAGAUAUCUACCUUGUUGCAAUUACUGAAAAGAGUGGAACUGAGGGUCUGGUUUUGACAAAGCAUGAUAAUGGCAUGUACUCGCGUCUCGGAGCUUUCGAUGCUGCGGGACCUGUCAGGAGGAUAUUUCAGGACAGGGAAAAGACUGAAGUUGUAUUGAUAUGA